UGCGGGGGCGUGUCCGCGGCUGCCGGCAGCGUGCUAGUGUUUGUGUGCAUCAGGAGCUUGGUGUUGUAGAGAGAGUCCCGGUCAGCUGCUCAGUCCGACGCAUCAUGUCCGUGCAGGUGGCGACCGUGAAGCUGGCAGACAUGGAGCUGAAGGAGGCGGUUAGGGAGAGGCCUGCCGAGGCUCCCCCUGUACUGGCCGCCACCGUGUCACCCGCGGAACCCGACAACUGCCCCGGUAUCCCGGCUCCCAGCCAGCCCGUCAAGGGCGCCCCGGCCUCUGCCAUGAAAAGAAGCGACCCGGCUCAGCGCCCGCGGGAAGGCGGAGAGGGAGCGGGCAGCCCGGAGGGAGCAGUCAGCGAGGCCCCGCGCACCGUUAAAAAGCAGAUCCAGUUUGCCGACCAGAAAAGGGAGUUUAACAAGCGCCCUACUAAGAUUGGACGUCGUUCUCUGUCCCGAUCCAUUUCCCAGUCAUCAACGGAUAGCUACAGUUCUGCUGCUUCCUAUACAGACAGCUCCGACGAUGAGACUUCACCCCGAGACAAGCAACAGAAGAACUCCAAGGGCAGCGGUGACUUUUGUGUCAAGAACAUAAAGCAAGCGGAGUUUGGGCGACGAGAGAUUGAAAUCGCUGAGCAAGAGAUGCCUGCAUUGAUGGCUCUACGCAAGAGAGCACAGGGAGAAAAACCUCUGUCUGGUGCUAAAAUUGUGGGUUGUACUCACAUAACUGCACAAACCGCGGUUCUAAUUGAAACUUUGGGGGCCCUGGGAGCACAGUGUAGAUGGGCUGCGUGCAACAUUUACUCUACUCUAAAUGAAGUAGCUGCUGCAUUGGCAGAAAGCGGAUUCCCAGUAUUCUCUUGGAAGGGCGAGUCAGAAGAUGAUUUCUGGUGGUGCAUUGACCGCUGUGUGAAUGUGGAAGGCUGGCAGCCUAAUAUGAUCUUAGAUGAUGGUGGGGAUCUCACACACUGGAUUUACAAGAAGUAUCCCAACAUGUUUAAGAAAAUAAAGGGCAUUGUGGAAGAAAGUGUAACUGGUGUGCAUCGUUUGUACCAGUUAUCAAAAGCCGGAAAGUUAUGUGUCCCUGCAAUGAAUGUCAAUGACUCUGUCACCAAGCAAAAAUUUGACAACUUGUACUGCUGCCGGGAAUCUAUUCUUGAUGGACUGAAACGGACAACAGACAUGAUGUUUGGUGGGAAGCAGGUUGUGGUGUGUGGUUACGGAGAGGUUGGCAAGGGAUGUUGUGCAGCUCUAAAAGCUAUGGGCUCCAUUGUGUAUGUGACAGAGAUUGACCCCAUCUGUGCCCUGCAGGCUUGCAUGGAUGGCUUUAGACUUGUUAAACUGAAUGAAGUUAUUCGGCAAGUGGAUAUUGUCAUUACCUGCACAGGUAACAAGAAUGUGGUCACUAGAGAACAUCUCGACCGAAUGAAGAAUGGCUGCAUUGUGUGCAACAUGGGGCAUUCCAAUACAGAAAUAGAUGUGGCUAGCUUGCGCACCCCUGAGCUGACUUGGGAACGUGUGAGAUCUCAAGUGGAUCAUGUGAUCUGGCCAGAUGGCAAAAGGAUAGUUCUGCUGGCAGAGGGACGACUGCUCAACUUAAGCUGCUCCACCGUGCCAACAUUUGUCUUAUCCAUCACCGCAACUACACAGGCACUGGCUCUAAUAGAACUCUACAAUGCUCCUGAAGGUAGAUACAAACAAGAUGUCUACCUGCUGCCUAAGAAAAUGGAUGAGUAUGUUGCCAGCCUCCAUCUGCCCACCUUUGAUGCCCACCUAACUGAGCUCUCAGAUGAGCAGGCCAAAUACCUGGGACUCAACAAGAAUGGGCCUUUCAAACCAAAUUACUACAGGUAUUGAGUUGUGCUGACCAUCAUGAAAGGGGAGAUUCAGGAAGAUGGGGAAAUCUGGAUACAUACAUAACAAGACAUGCCUUUCACAGCUACUCUACAACCAUUUCCUAUCACAGGAACUGGUCUUUCUGCCAUAUUAGUAAACAUUGCAUUAGGGUAUUUAUUAAAAAGAAGAUGCCUAGCAUUAUGUAACUGUUGUCCGUGCACAGGACCCAGCCACAGAGUGCAAAGUGGGAGAAAUGUGCUCUCAAUCAUAUGCUGUACUUUCAGGCUUCUAGCAAUUUAACGCUGCUCACCCCAGCACCCGAUGGGAGGGGGAAGAUGUUAACUAGAAUGAAUCCUGGGUUUAAAGCAGAAUUUAUUUUAUAUUAACAUGCAUCUUUAUUUUAAUUUGUUUUCUCCAAAGUCUGCAGAGUGUGGAUGUCUUAAUGAAAACUGUAAAGUGACCUAAAUCUAUUUUACUGUGGUUUUUAAUGGUGAUAUGCAGUUUCUUUUUCCCCUUAUGUCCAGUAAUGGAUGAUGAUACAUUGGCAUUAGCACACCCCCUGUAAAGCUGCUCUAAUGGUUCUCAAACUUCUUAGGACACUAAGUCACUCAAUGUUGCUAGCUUUUUGUAAUGAUGAGUAACCAUUUAAUCAUCAACUGCUUAACAUUCAGUUUUAAAAACUUGCUAUAUUUUACUAGUCUUAACUACUCGUGCCACCUGUACUGCGGGCUUCCGUGGUAGUAAAGGUGGCAUUUUCUAUUCAGUGCCACUCCAAAUACCCUAAAUUUGGGUAUCCCAGUCCUCAGGGACCCCUAACAGACUCUGAAAGGGGACUUAUCUUUCGCAAAUAUUGUACUGAAUUGCACAAAAAAACAAUCUUUAACCACUUUUAAAUGAUGUUUCAGUAUUUGUUUAUAUCAACUCCCAACUAUUUACCAAUUGACUGCUUUGGCUUCAAACCUCCGUUACACAGCCCUACUGGCCAAGCAUACUCCUGCUUAGUUUCCACAUAUGCAAAGAGCACAAGCCCCCUUUAGCAUUGUGUUCCAUUAGUACUAUGACCCAGGCAUGUCUGGGUACAGAUCCAAGUGAUCAUUACAGUACCUUUUAAAGUAGCCAUACCUGUCAUGAUACACUACUUACCAUGCCCUGAUUAAUAACUGAGCAAGGAGAACACAUUUUUAUAUAUUGUCACAGAAGCACACACAGACGGAUGUUUCUGCAUUCACACAGGGAUAUCUGAUUUGUUAGGGCUCUGGCAUUGAAACACCAUUUUAAUCUGUUGAAACCAGUUUGGCACAAAAAUAAUUUAAUCCAUUGCAAAUAUCAAGCAUGUAAAUCAUCCCACACCUUCUAGAAGGUGGAAUCGGCCUUUACAUAUUUAAUUUUAAUGUUUUUCAUUUUAUUUUUUUAUUUCUAGUUAUGUAUAUAUUGAUAUGGAGAAGUGCAAAUCAAAAUCAGGCUAAAUACACACUUUAUGGUCUUAGUGACUUUCCCCUUUAAGGCGAUUACUUCUGUUCACGGUAAAAAUUCUGCUCCCAUUUAACUUUUCCUAGAACAGUCUUUCAGUAAGGUCCGUGACACAGGCCUGCAUAGAGCUAUGCAGUGUGUUUAUAUGAAAUAAGUCUAGUUGCUUUAAAACCACUCGGCGCAAAGUCUGAAAUUUUGUUUGAUUAAUUUAAAUCCAUGUAAAUUUCUAUGCCCGUUACCCAAUUUGUUUAGAAUUUGUGUUCACUUAGAUGAUUUGCUUGUAACUUAAAAUGUACUGUUAAAUAUGAUUUAUUAAAUAAGUCUCUUGCUGCUGUUAACCCUUUAUGUGCCACAUGUGGACCAGGCUGCAUACCCAUUUGGUACUCAAAGGGUUGAAAUUGAAACCCAAUGUGCAGAUCACCUCAUAUCUUCUACCCUUUUUACUCAGUGUGGUGUGGAUGUCUCGUACAAAUGUCCACAUAAGCUGUACAAUUCCAGAAAGACCUACAGUUGUAGGGAGCUGGGGUCGAUUUGUGAUCUUCCUGUUGCUGCUGCGCCACACUUAGCUUUCAGUCUAUACCUACAAUGUGACUGAGCCAUCCUUUAUUUCCCCUCCUUAGGGACUCCUGACAUUCCCAGUAAAAGCUGUGAAUUCUCUCUCUAUCUGCCAAAUAUUAAAGCAAAUGCACCAUAUAAAGAAUGCUUUUUUGAAUUUUACCCAGACUGGUUUUCUGGAUUCAGUUUAUUUUGAUGUUUAAUAUUUUUUUUUCUUCCUGUAGAAAUUGAGCUUUCCUUGUUGAGGUUUUGAUAAUCGAACUCAAUUCAUGCACUUCAUGGAACUUUACUAUGGAUAUUACAGAUUGUAGACCAAACUAGUCAAAUUGGAACUAUUUCCCAGCGUAUUUUUUUCCAGAUUGGCUCUUUUGGUUUAAAAUUACAAUUCCCUUGUCAGUUCUCCGCAAUUCCAUUUAACGAAUGAUCCCAAGUUGUGAAGUUAGUGACAGUACUUGACUGGGUUGUAGUUUAUUAUUUUCUUUUUUUUUUUUUUUUUAAUGCUCUGUUUUGAUCUGCACAACAAAGGCGUGUCCUUUUAAGAUAGGUUUAACCAUUUCCCCAAUUAUAGCUGGUACGUUGUGUGAUUUUAUUCUGUCCUGUAGCCAUUUCACUGCCAGAUCUUUCCUUGUUCCAUAUAAAGACUGUACAUAUAGAUACACUGCAUACACUCAUAUCCGCAUACUCACAGCUAUUCAGAUAUUCUGGCGCUAAGACUAGGGACAGCAUUGCUAGGAUCUCAAGUUAUUUGCGGGGAUCAUUAACAUUUGCAUAUACAUGUGUAGUUUUUUACAUGUGUUCAUCACCAUAUGCCUAAAGAGAAGUUGUAUACUAUUGUUGCUGACCAGUGUCGGCAAAUGAUCUAGCCAUACCUUGAUUAUUGAGAAUCAAGUACCUAGUACUUAAUCCCCUCAAUAGAGGGGUUUAAUCUGUAUUGUAAGGCGAUCUGACUGGUUGAAAUUGUGUUCAGUCUUGUAAUUGAUGGGGUGAUAAUGCAUAAAUUCUCAAUAUUAAUUUCUCAGGAUGCCACUGGAAAUGAUCUUGCAUCCUGUUUGUGUGCAUUUUAUUUUUGUUUUGUUUGUUUUUUUAAUAUUUUUAUUUUUGCUCCAUGCUUCAACCUUUUCGUAAUCUUUAUUUAAAAUAUUCUGCGUAGAAAAAAAUAAAUGAUGGGACUUUAUUUAAAUUAAACCAGCAAAAUUGUAUUAUGCUAUAGAACUUUUGGGCAUUGAUUAAUAGAAUAUUGGUAAAAAGCGCCUGAUCUGCCAGUGAAGAUGGCAACGCAUGGCUCACUCCAGGCCUCUUCUGGUAGCAGAGGUGUUAAACUUGGUCUUUAUUUAUCGUCCUGUGCUGCAGUAUGAAUUGCAGUGAUGAACACUCUCCGAAAGGGUCUUUUAAAUUUUUAACGUAUGAGUGAUUGUAUUAGAUCAGCAAUAAGGAAUCUGUAAUCUCAAAACAUGAAUAAAUGCUGUAAAAAUA